AUGUCUAUGGAAGACAUCAUCUUUGACGACGAACCCAUCAUGCCCGCCAAUCCUCAGCCCUCGUUGAGCCAUCAUGGGAACAUCGAAGCCGAUGACGCCUCGACCGACUCGGAUUCGGCCUUCCACGGCUCAAUCGGUGACGAGAGUUAUACUUCAUCCAUAUCAGACAGCGUGAGGAAUUACAAAUAUGAAAAUGGCCGGAGAUAUCAUGCUUUCAAAGAAGGAAGCCAUUUUCUGCCCAACGACGACCACGAGCAGGCCCGUAUGGACCUCGCCCAUCACAUAUACCUCAUGCUCACCGGUGGCAAAUUAUCCAUGGCCCCGAUUCAAAAUCCGCUGCGAGUGCUCGAUCUCGGCACCGGAACAGGAAUCUGGGCAAUUGAUUUUGCAGACGAGCACCCAGAUGCAUUUGUAUUAGGAAACGAUCUAAGCCCUAUCCAACCCUCAUGGGUCCCACCAAACCUCCAAUUCGAAGUCGACGACUACGAAGGCGAAUGGUCCUACUCACAAAAAUUCGACUACAUCCACGGCCGCGAGAUGGAAGGCAUGGUCCAAGACUUUGACCGCCUAUUCCAGCAAUCCUACAAACACCUGAACCCUGGCGGCUGGGCCGAGUUCCAGUCCAUUGAGCUUAAUUGCUUUUGUGACGAUGACUCGCGGCAAAAAGCUACGGCGUGGGUGACAUGGUCUGAAAAUCUGCACAAGGCGGCGCGCACAUUUGGCAAGAAUAUGCGUACGCUGCGCACGUGGCCGGAUAGGUUGAAGGAGGCUGGGUUUCAGAAUGUGCAGACUAUGGCGAUUCCACUCCCGUUUAACCCCUGGCCCAAAGACCCCAAACUCAAAGAAAUCGGCCGCUACCAACAACUGCACAUGUACGAGGGCAUCGGCUCCUAUAGCAUGCGUCUCUACACGGGCGUGCUGAAAUGGAAAAAGGAAGACGUCGAGGCUCUAUUGGCCGAGGUCCAGAAGAUCCUCAAAGACCGAUCCGUGCAUAUCUAUACCAUGGUUCAUUUUGUCUAUGGCCAGAAACCGCUUGAUGCAAACUAG